AACGAAGAAGAAAAGAAGAAGUCGUCUGACGGAAGUAAUCAGCUGACCAACCUUACGUUAACAGCAGUGAAAAACAAUAAACUAAUGCGUACGGUAUAUGUAUCAAUAGAGACUAUAUUUGCCAGUCUGAUACGUUUAGGUGUCAUCGGGAAGAAUAUACAGCAUGGCUCUAAUAACAGCCAACUGGAAUCCGAUGGGAGAAGCUUUUUACCGUAAAACCGAGCUGUAUGAGAUGAGUUGGAACCUGAGAGAUGGACUCAAAGACUGCUUGAUGGCGGCGGCACCUUAUGGCGGACCUAUAGCUCUCCUCAGAGAACCACUUCGACGUUCACCAAGUUGUCGUCCUCAGUUGGAGAUUUAUUCUGCUUCCGGUGUUGCCAUUGCCAGUUUUCCGUGGAAAAGCGGACCUGUGAUCCAGCUGGGUUGGACAGUGUCGGAUGAGUUGUUGUGUAUUCAAGAAGAUGGUUCAGUUCUGAUUUAUGACUUGUUUGGAUCCUUCAAGAGACACUUCAGCAUGGGACAGGAAGUGGUGCAGUCUCAGGUCUUAGAAGCCAAGGUGUUCCAUUCUCCCUACGGAACAGGUGUCGCCAUCAUAACGGGAUCUUUUCGCUUCACCCUGGCAACCAACAUCACUGAUUUAAAACUUAGGAGGUUACCCGCCGUCCCAGGCCUGCAGGCGGCGCCGUCCUGUUGGGUUGUCCUCACGCAAGACCGCCAGACCAAAGUAUUGUUGGCCACUGGAUCUGAACUCUACAUCCUGGACAAUACUUCCUGCACCUCUGUGUGUGCUCCAGGACUCAGUCCUCAGACGGGCAACAUCCUCCAUAUGUCGGCGUCAUUCAAUUACAAAUAUCUUGCUCUCUUCACGGACACCGGACACCUGUGGACUGGCUUAGCUCAGCUUCAGAGCAAGCUGAGUGAGGUCGACACCAAAGUGAGGAUGCCACCCAAACAGAUGGUCUGGUGUCGCAGACCAAAAUCCCAGCAACCAUCUGUGGUGAUGGUGUGGGACCACCUCCUCCUGGUGGCCGGAGUGUGCAACGACAUCAUCCAAUUCCCACUCGACAGUCGAUGCGUUUGUGUCGGCGAGCUGGAUGGCGUUCGGAUCAUCAGUUCAAUCAAUCAGGAGCUGCUGCAGGAGGUUCCGGUCGUCUGUCAGGACAUCUUUAAAAUCGCUUCCAUGGCGCCUGGGGCGUUGCUGCUGGAAGCCCAUCGCGAGUAUGAGAAGUCCAGUCAAAAGGCUGAUGAGUACCUGCGGGAAAUCAAGGAGCAAGGAAUGCUGGCAGAGGCGGUUCGACAGUGCGUUGAGGCGGCAGGACAUGAAUACGACUCCAACACCCAGAAGUCUCUGCUCCGGGCGGCAUCCUUCGGGAAAUGUUUCCUGACAGACUUCAGUCCGGAGCAUUUUGUAGCCACCUGUCGAGAGCUACGCGUCCUGAAUGCCGUCAGAGAGUGCAGCGUGGGUCUGCCACUCACGCACACGCAAUUCAAACAGAUGACCCUGCAGGUGCUGAUCGACAGGCUGGUGUACCGUCAGUUCUAUCAGUUGGCGAUAGAAAUCUGCCGUUACCUGAAGAUUCCGGAUUUUCAGGGGGUCAGCAGGGUUCUCAAGCACUGGGCUGCGUGUAAAGUCCAGCAGAAGGAACUCUCGGAUGAGGCCAUAGCCAGGGCGGUGUGCCUGAAGGUGGGGGACUCCCUGGGUGUGUCGUACUCGCACAUCGCUGCCAAAGCCUUUGAAUGUGGCCGAACAGAGCUCGCCAUCAAGCUGUUGGACUCGGAGGCUCGGUCCGGCGAGCAGGUUCCUCUUUUGUUGAAGAUGAAGAGGAGUCAGCUGGCUCUCAGUAAAGCUGUCGAGAGCGGAGACACCGACCUGGUUUACAUGGUUGUCACUCACCUGAAGAAUGAGAUGAACAGAGGAGAUUUCUUCAUGACGCUCAGAAACCAACCUGUCGCUCUGAGUCUCUACAGACAAUUUUGUAAACUGCAGGAACAAGAAACUCUGAGGGAUCUUUAUAACCAGGAUGACGACCAUCAGGAGCUGGCCAACUAUUAUGUCGCCACCAGUUACAGAGAGAAGAGAUUAGACAGCCGUCUGUCCCACCUGCAGAGUGCCGUUGACGAAUACAAUAAAGCCAAAAAUGAGUUUGCUUCCAAGGCCACCGAAGACGAGAUGCGCCUCCUCCGUUUCCAAAAGAAACUGGAUGAUGAGAAGGGCGCCGGCCUUAUGGGCUUGUCGCUCCAGGCAACCAUGGAAACUCUGCUAAUGUUGGGACUCUACAAGCAGACGGAUCAACUUUAUCGAGACUUCAAAGUACCCGACAAGAGGUAUUGGUGGUUGAAACUUAAGUCUUUAGCAGAGAAGGAGGAGUGGGAAGAGUUAGAGAAGUUCUCCAAGAGUAAAAAGUCCCCAAUAGGGUACCUGGCCUUUGUGGAGGUCUGCAUCAAGAAAAAUAACAAAUAUGAGGCCAAGAAGUACAUUUCCAGAGUGACGCCCGAGCAGAAGGUCAAAGCUCACCUGGCCGUCGGCGACCUCGAAGGGGCUGCAGACGCAGCGAUCGAACGCAGGAACGAAGCAGAAAUAUCGGCGGUGCUCGCAAGAUGCUCCGCCUCGGAUCGCUUGUUGACCGACAGGUUAAAUCGAGCCAAGUUGUCCACUGCCAAAAAGUGACCUGAAAGUCCCCGUGUGUGCCAGUUAUCUCGGCCGCCACCUUGACCCGAUAUAAUUGGUUGAAGGAGCCCCUCACUACAUUGCUAUUGCCAGGCAAGUUUUGGAUUUGCUCACUUGAUUGGCUUUGACAGUUAUCGACAUUAUGUAGCAGUCGAAUUGUAUCGUUACUCCCAGCCAAUCAGUGCACAAUCACGAGUGUCAAACUCGAGGCCCGGUGGCUGAUCGGGAUGCCGCGUCUUUUUUCCAUUGGGCCCACGAAAGCAAAUGCGUCUUGCCCAGAUGUCGCAGUUGUACCGUGAUUGCAAUUUGUCUCGACUGAGCAGAUUCCACAAGCGGUAUUUUUUUCCUUAACAUUAUUUGAAUAAUAAGUCAUACUUAUUUGCUUGCCAUAAUGUUUCAUGACUUCUGAUAUCAAAUUUAUUUUUAACAAUAUAAAUACAAAUCAAAAUAUACAAUUGUGCACAGUAUGUGAAAUAAUGACACUUUUGUUCCAAAACGGCCCUCUGAAAGAAAUUGUCAAUAUGAUGUGGCAAAUGCCAAAAAUGAGUUUGACUUCCCCUCGUGUUGAAAAAUACGAACACAUUUCUUACAAAUUACCGUCAUUGCAAUGGCAAUUAAUCAUGUAGUUGUCGCCGACGCUAGAUGACGUAACCCGCAACAUUGAGCCACGCUUGGCACUUGACAGUGCAUAGCUCAUCUUAACCAUGAUAGUCAAAUGUGUCAUUAUUUGUCACAAUGCUAAAAUAUUUCAUGUUUGCUGCCGACAAUGCUCAAGUCUUCUGUAAAUAACGUGUGUGAUUAAACCAGUGUGUGUUCGUUGAGUCUUGUCAUCUUCAUCGAGCUCACAAAAGGUGUUUGUGAGCGACAUCAAUGGGCAGAAAUGACAUCCUCAAGCUAAUUGCUCUGACAGUGGGUCGGUCGGCCUUGGCUCAAUCAAGUUUGCGGGACCAACCUUUAGUGAACAAUCAAAACAAAUAACGGCGAGCAUUUUAGCGUUGUAUCAACGUGUUUUUAUUUAUUUACAAGCAAAUAUAGACUCGACAACAGGAACGACGACAAAAACUGGAGACUCUACAAAAUGUAGAAAACUUGUGCUCUUUUGUGUUCAUGUUAACGUUUUGAAUGAAAAAGAUGAGGGCAGCGUUGGGUGGGGUCUCUGAUGGGAAAGAAAUAAGCAGGCGGGAAACGGGUUGGUCUGAUCGGGGGUUGUUCGAGGCGCGGGGUGGCCUCCUCAGCGAGGAAGUCGCGUAGAAAACAGAAACGUGUGAUUCUGUGUGGUUGUUUCGUGCGAGGCGAGUCAGAAAAGUUGGUGGCACAACUCGCGAGUUUUCUCAACAAGGAAUGAAGCAAACGUUGCAGACGAGUUAGUUGAUCGUCUGGCCUAUUUCGAACCAGAAAUGUCGUUUUGUGGAUGUGAAAUACAUAAUUUGUGACAUCUCGUCUUGUAACUUUGCUGACGCACUUCAUAUGUCCUAGCUAGUUAAGACUUGAGGUGAAUGAAAGAAUUGUUCAUGAUUCAUAACAAUAAGUUACAGAUCAUUUGUUUCAAUUUUUUUGUGGUGCUUUGUUCGCUGGAUUUUACAACGUGUCAUUGAAUGUAAUCUGAAGUGACAUUUGGUCGCUAACAGUUGAAAAUACAGCACAAACCAGUAAUAGGACCCUGUACGCGUUUCACUUAACAAAUCUCCCGAGUCCGACCAAAAAUUCUGGCUCACUCGCAAGAUUCCAAAAAAGCUUUUACUACAACACUCACAUAUACUUGUACAAAAUCUUGUGGGACUCAGUCGGGGGCCGCAAGAUAUCAGCAUGUGCUUUUCGUUGCUUUUUAAGGUCCGCUGCAGAGCUCAUCGACCACCCUCCC